AUGAAGUCCACUUUCGGAAUUCUCGCUCUGGCAGCGACUGCUAAGCUCGUCAGCGCUCAUGCUACUGUCUUCGCCGUCUGGAUUAACGACGUUGACCAGGGCCUCGGUAACAGUGCUUCUGGCUACAUCCGGUCUCCUCCUAACAACAGCCCCAUUACGGACGUGACCUCUACCGACAUGACUUGCAAUGUCAAUGGCAAUGUCGCUACGGCUAAGACUCUCUCCGUCGCGGCCGGCGACAAGUUCACCUUCGAGUGGCACCACAACUCCCGCGACUCCUCCGACGACAUCAUCGCCUCCUCGCACUUGGGCCCCGUGAUGGUAUACAUGGCCCCGACUGAGAAGGGGUCCGCAGGUAGCGGCUGGGUCAAGAUCGCGGAAGAUGGCUACUCCAGUGGCACUUGGGCUGUUGACACUCUCAUUAAAAACCGUGGAAAGCACUCCAUCACCGUCCCCGACGUCCCUGCUGGGGACUACCUCUUCCGCCCUGAAAUCAUUGCCCUGCACGAGGGUAAUCGCCAGGGUGGUGCCCAGUUCUAUAUGGAGUGUGUGCAAGUCAAGGUCACUUCGGACGGGUCCAAGACUCUUCCGGCUGGAGUCUCUCUCCCAGGUGCCUACAGUGCUACUGACCCUGGCAUUCUCUUCGACCUCUACAACUCUUUCAGCAGCUACACUAUCCCCGGCCCGGCUGUCUGGGAUGGUACCUCUUCUGGCUCUAGCUCUAGCUCUAGCUCUAGCUCUACUACUUCCAAGGCUGCUACCGCAACUGCCACUACCUCCGCGGCCACUGCUCCUGCUACGGCCACCGCAACCGCUAUCACCUCCAGCACGACUGCCGCCACGGUUGCCCCCACAGGCUUCACCACCAGUGUGCGCCCCCCUACCACCUCCACCACCACAACCGCAGUGUCCGGCUCCUCGACUGGCGCUGUCAAGAUCUACCAGCAGUGCGGCGGCAUCAACCACACUGGGUCUACCUCGUGCGAGAGCGGUCUUGUUUGCAAACAGUGGAACCCUUACUACUACCAGUGCAUUGCGGCUUAGAGUAGAGCACACGCACCAAUGUCAACCCGGAGUACUGAAAUAGAUAUAAUCAUCUUCUUUAGACCAGUCAGUCAGUCACUUGUAUUCGCUAUGUACAAUUCAAACGAGGUUUAAAUUUAUAUUGUUC